UCACCACUUUAAUCCAGCUUACGGCCGACAAACCACUCUUCCCUAUCAGUAUGCCCUUGAAUAGAUGAGGCUAUACAAAGUCCUUUGCUCUUAAAUGUAUUGCUGUCACUGAGAAUAUUUGGAGGAUUUCUCUUGGAUUUGUUUGAAUUUUUUUUUUUCAGCUUUUGUCUGAAUUUUGGUUUUAUUUUUCUGGGGCAGAGAAAAUGGCCUUCCUUAUGAAAAGUAUGAUAAGUAACCAGGUAAAGAAUUUAGGAUUUGGUGGUGGGUCUGAAGAAAAUAAAGAAGAAGGAGGUACAUCUGAUCCUGCAGCAGCUCAUGGGAUGACUAGAGAGGAAUAUGAGGAAUAUCAAAAGCAAAUGAUUGAGGAGAAGAUGGAAAGAGAUGCUGCAUUUACACAGAAAAAGGCAGAGAGGGCAUGCCUCAGAGUUCAUCUCAGAGAAAAAUAUAGACUGCCAAAGAGUGAAAUGGAUGAGAACCAAAUCCAGAUGGCUGGAGACGAUGUGGAUUUACCUGAAGAUCUCCGGAAAAUGGUAGAUGAAGAUCAAGAAGAGGAAGAAGAUAAAGAUUCUAUUCUUGGGCAGAUACAGAAUCUCCAGAACAUGGACUUGGAUACCAUAAAAGAAAAAGCCCAGGCCACCUUCACCGAAAUCAAGCAGACAGCAGAGCAGAAGUGUUGUGUGAUGUGAGGGUGGGAGGGGUACAGGGAGGGCACGAGCCAUCCUUGGAAAAGACCACUCUCCUGUGGGACGUUCCAAACAGUACAUGUUUUCACGUAGUGAACACAGUUAGGAAAACCACGAUGGCCCAUUGAUAGAUGAUAAUUCGUUGUUCUAAAUAUUCCUGGCAGAGCACUAGCUAGCACCUUGCAGCAGGAACCAUGCUUUCCUCUUAGUUAUAAAUGACAUGGACUGCAAACCUUCAGUUGGAAAUAGUGAUGUAGAACAUGUGUCUGCUUAAAGACCUUAGAUGAGCCAGGAAGAAACAAAAGCAGGUGGCAUUUCCUCUCCAACUUUCUUCCUUAGAGGCGAAGUUCUCAGCCUGUCCAGCUAUUCACAGGACACCAGGUCCCUUCAGAGAAAGAUGUGUAGAGUCAAGGCGUCCACUCCUUGGAGGGCAGCCCUCUAAGAAGCCGAGAUGCCCACAGGGAGCGGAGGCCGCAGACUCCAGGGCAAUCAAAAGUCACACUCACCCUUCAACCUCUCAGGCUCCUUGACACUUGGCAGGGAUUCUCAUCAACUUUGGUCCUUGGACACUUCUCAGCCAAGUGGCAGUAGCAGGGAUGUGGUGAAUGGUGAGGAAUUGAGGCAGGAAAUAGACCUCACCAGCCCUUUGCAUUGGAGAUCAUCAUUCUAGAGGCCAUGUGAAAAAUGGACCCGAGGGAGGCACAGUUAGAGGCAGAGGAAAACCAGGGAGGCAACUGCUUUUUUUGAGUUGAGCUUAACCCUGUACUUGGUGAUAGCAAUGGGAACACAGUGGGUAGACUAACAGAGAGCAUUAAGAAGUUAAAUCAGUCUCUCUCUCUCUAUCUGCUCCCAACCUCUCUCUCACCGCCUUCUGUCCUUCCUGCCCAAUCUCCUUCUCUCUCUUUUUUUUCUUCUCCUGUCCCUUCCCAUCCCACCCCUUCAGGCCACCUUCCAGUAAAUCACACUGUCAUUUGGUGCCACAGGCUUUCAGGGUAGACACUGAUUUUUUCCCCCUAAUACCUGCUCUCUUUCAAAAGGAAUAAUUCAAAACACUUAGGACAAUUACCACCAAAACACUUCGAGCUAUUUAGCUAAAGCCCACCAAACCAAAACAAAAUACCGUUUUUUUGGUGAAUCUGUUCAUAUUAAGGAUCGAAAACAAAUUUUGUCAAGAAGAACUGCUCUGUCAAACGAAAAGGAAACUAGGACUAAAAACUUAGGGUCUAACUUGUUCUAAACCCAGCGUUCCCAAAUGUGUUGUCUAAGAAGUUUCAUGUUAUAAAAGUAUUCAAAUAAAACAAAUGACUAGAGGUCCACAACCUUUGGUCCUUGGCAAA